CUCUCGCCAGAGCUGGGCCUCUUUCUAAGCCGGCAUUCCUCAAGGACAAGGCCAUGUUCAGCUCCAGCGCCAAGAUCGUGAAGCCCAAUGGCGAGAAGCCAGACGAGUUUGAGUCGGGCAUCUCCCAGGCGCUGCUGGAGCUGGAGAUGAACUCGGACCUCAAGGCGCAGCUGCGGGAGCUCAACAUCACGGCGGCCAGGGAAAUUGGAGUUGGUGGUGGUCACAAAGCUAUCAUCAUUUUUGUUCCAGUUCCUCAACUUAAGUCUUUCCAGAAAAUCCAAGUCCGGCUAGUACGUGAACUGGAGAAAAAGUUCAGUGGGAAGCAUGUGGUCUUCAUCGCCCAGAGGAGAAUUCUGCCUAAGCCAACUCGAAAAAGCCGUAGGAAAAAUAAGCAAAAGCGUCCCAGUAGCCGCACCCUGACAACUGUGCACGAUGCCAUCCUUGAGGACUUGGUCUUCCCCAGUGAAAUUGUGGGCAAGAGGAUCCAAGUGACACUGGAUGGCAGCCGGCUCAUAAAGGUUCAUUUGGACAAAGCACAGCAGAACAACGUGGAACACAAGGUUGAAAUGUUUUCUGGUGUCUAUAAGAAGCUCACUGGCAAGGACGUUAAUUUUGAAUUCCCAGAGUUUCAGUUGUAAACAAAAUGACUAAAUAAAGUAUAAUUCAUAGUAAAAAAAAAAAAAA